AAGUGCCUUAUUUUUUUCAUUUAUGUGUAUGUUUAGCCUCAUUAAGGGUGCUAUACACUCAAGGUAAAGUCUGUUUUAUCUACGACGUUUUUAUGCAGAUUUUUAGCAGUAUUAAGUACUAUCCUGUUAUAUAAACUACUGUGACACAAAUGUAAGUUUCCUGGAUGAUCUAGCACAGAGGUUUAAACAUGUCAGUUGUCAUGGAAAAAGAAAAGAGGCAUAUUCCUGAUAACACAGCGUUCAAACAACAAAGCAUGCCAGCUUGGUCUCCAAUAAUAUCCGCUAAGUCAGCUUUACCAGUCUUCUUUAUUAUCUCUUUAGCAUUCGUGCCAAUUGGGGUUGUAUUACUUGUAACAUCACAGUCUGUAGUUGAACACCAGCAUGAUUACACUGAUUGUGUAUCUGUUGAAAAUCCAGGUGUACCAUGUGGUUUAUUGAGAAUGAACCAGUCACAAAUGACGCAGCCAUGCACUUGCAUACUUAACAUUACAUUAGAAACCUCAAUGGAGGGUAAUGUCUACAUGUAUUACGGCCUUACCAACUUUUUCCAAAACCACCGAAGAUAUGUGAAGUCUAGGGAUGAUGACCAACUAAUUGGACAACAUAAAUCAAGCGCACAAGUUUAUUCUUGUGCCCCAUAUCACCUAGCUGUUGAGAAUGGCACAUUACGUACUAUAGCUCCUUGUGGUGCGAUUGCUAACAGCUUGUUUAACGAUACAUUCACUCUCAGUCAAGGGGAUAUAGAGGUCCCAUUUCUACGUACAGGAAUUGCGUGGCCAACCGAUAAAUCUGCUAAAUUCAAUAAUCCACCACCAACGACAGAUUUAGAGGAGGCAUUUAAAAUAUAUGCAAAACCACCUAACUGGCAAAAACCGGUUACAUUUCUGGAUAGAAACAAUACUGAUAAUAACGGCUAUGAGAAUGAAGCUUUUAUAGUUUGGAUGAGACCAGCUGCAUUUCCACAUUUCAGGAAACCAUAUGGGAGGCUUAAUAGGCUUGGGUCAGAAUAUAACAAUGGUUUACCCAGUGGUCAGUACAAGGUUACAAUCAACUACAAUUUCCCAGUCACAUCGUUUGGAGGAAGAAAAAGAAUUAUCCUGAGCACAACAACAUGGAUGGGGGGAAAAAACAAUUUCCUUGGAAUUGCUUACAUUACAUUUGGAACAAUAUGUUUCUUUGGUGGCCUUGUGUUGACUGCUGUACAUCUUCAUGCUAGGAACACAAGGGAGGUCAACUUCAAGUGAUUGUUUAUAUACAAGGAGCUUCUUCAUAGGACCUACUAUCUACCUUUUUUAAAUGAUUUCAUUUUUUUGUUUUAAAUGUAUUCAUUUAUUUUCAAAAGUUUUAUCUUCAUAAAUGUUUAUUUGUAGCCCAACAAAACUGUCACAAUACAAAGCACUGUGAGUUUGUAAAUAUAUUUGUAACUUUAUUCCGUCCAAUCCGUUUUCUGUCCUAACUUUAAAAUUUUACUGGACCUGUUCCGUAUUUGUAAGUAUAUAUAGAAAAAUACAAGUUUUUGUACUCGUAGUAAUAAAUGCUCAUUUUUAAAAGUUUUGCUGUAUUUUUAAAGGCUUUAUACAUUUUGAAUAUCUUUAAAAUAUCAAGAACUAAGCAUAAAAUCAGACACAAAUCAUUUCAAGAGUGACAAAUAAAAAAAAACAGU